GUAAAUAUAGCAGACCUAUGUAACAGUGUGUGUCUUCAGUCAGCAGCUUGUUAGUAGCAGCUCUUGUUUGUAUGAAGUGGCACCUCAGCCAGCUAACAGCUAACUGCUAACUCUGCUAACUCAACAGUGCCUGUCAGCAGGUCAUGGCUGCAGUCAGGUGGGAUCUGAGCACACGGAGAGCCGGGGUGGAGCCGUGCAGUCGUCAGCAGUGACCAGCUCGCUCAUGUCUGCAUCCCACCGCUGGUGCCGUGGAGACCACAUCGCCAUGGUGAAGACGGCCAAGAUGGAGCUGCUGAGAGCGCUCGUCGGCGAGUGUUUGUCGGCCGCCGCUGAGGAGAUCCUCAAGAUCGUGGAGAGGACGAUCGUAGAGUACGAGGAGGAGAUGUCCUGCUCCAAGUGGGUGGUGGACAGCCACCGCAGACUGCUGGACGCUGCCAAGUCACACAGUGAAGACUCUCUACAGAUGUCGGACACAGAUGUGAAGUCGCCACGCGAUCAGCAGUCGCCUCCCGACAGCGUCGACGUGAACGUGUGCUGGGAGGAAGCAGGAAACUCCACGACAGAGCCGACAGAAGAGUCCUCCAACACCAACCACGCUCACCCACACUCUCCUGACAGCGACCACGAGAUACUGAUCGACGUUGACGACGAUGGCUAUGACGAUAAAGACGAUGAAGAUGUUAAACAAGAGUGUGAGCUGCCUUUAAAAAUCCUGAAAGCCAAUAAGCCGUUUAAAUGUCCCAUCUGCUUGAGCGUGUUCUCCUCCAAAAAGACGAUGGUGCGACACGUGAAACGACACCCGGAGGACACUUCUCUUUCUUACCAGUGUCAGUUCUGUGAGCGCUACUUUUACCACAAGUCUGACUUUAUCAUACACACCAGGGUUCACAAAAGCUCUGAAGACUGUGACCAAAGUUUUGACCAGAGAGACAGUCUGAUUAUUCACAGUCAGAAACACACAGAGCACAAAACCCAGCAGUGUUUCACUAAAACUUCUGAGCUCAACGCUCAUCCAGAAACUCAGCACAGUUCUGCAACACCUUACAGAAAGAUAGAAGAAGAUCUAAAGGAGGCAGGUGGUGUUAAGAUGUUUCCUCUCACCAUCGCCCCUUAUGAUAAAAGUGAGUUUGAGCAGGAGUCACUGCAGCCGCUUUGUCUCUAUCAGAUCCAGACUGUUGCAGAUAUAGAUAAACACUCCUCAGCAACAGUUCCAGCUCCUCACAUUAAAACCGAGCCGGCCGUAGCAGACAGUGGAGCAUCAGACACCGCCUCCACUGACCAUCAGCUGCUCCUGUGUGGAGCCACGAAUCAGGACGAGGAAGCUGAAAGCAUCCUGCAGAGUAGAGCUUCGAGAAAACCUGCCGAGCUCGUGGUUCAGUUGGAAGCGGGAGCUCAGAAACCCUACAAGUGUCCGUGCUGCAGCAAGUGUUUCUCCCUCACUAAAACCCUGAUACGACACGUCAAGAUCCACACCGAGGACAAAGCGUAUCGUUGCCAGUUCUGCGGGCGCAAUUUCUGUCAGAAGUCGGACCUGGUCAACCACACGAGGAUACACACGGGAGAGAGACCCUACCAAUGCAAACACUGUCACAAGUCCUUCGUGCAGAAAGGAAACCUGGUGGUUCACAUGAGGAAACACACAGGAGAGAAACCCUAUCAGUGCCAAGAGUGCAGCUGCUGCUUCAGUCAGAAGUCUUCUCUUGACUCUCACAUGCUGACCCACAGAUUCUAAUCCUUCUACCAGUGUUGAUACUGGCAGAAAUGGUCCUUUCACAUUCACAAUAUUGUUUUUUCAUCAUAUUAUUCUGAUUUAAAUCAACAGCUGACAAGACCAUCUCACCACAAGAUUAACAAUGAGUAGCUGCUCUGGAGCUUUUGAUCCAAUCACAUGAUCUUCAUCAGGAGAUGGAGUUUGACCAGCUCAUAUUCAAAUGUGGAUUUUCUGAGCAUUUCAAGGACUUCUCGUACACGUUGGCUUAAAAACUGAGAUUGACACAAUCUCAAGAAUUAAUUUACGUGUCAGUUUUUGAGCCGAAGUAUACGAGACGUCAUCGAAGUUAGACCUGUCACAAUAACUACUUUUGUUGGAUGAUAUAUUGUCUCAGAAAUAAUCGUGAUAAACAAUAUUAUUGUCAGAUUGUACGAUUAUUUUAUACCACUGAUAUAAUGAUGAGAGCGUGGAGAGUGGGCACUACGCUUCUGUAAAAAUACAGACUGCCAUUAUGGUAUAGCCUCUUAGCUGCUAAUGUGGAAAUAUUAAGUCCAUAUACAGACACGAUGAUGUCAAUAAUUAUGUUAUUGUACAAUAAGUUGAUAAUUAUUGGGACAGGUCUAAUCGAAGUAACUUCCCCUCCAAACAAGAAAUCCACCAAUGUGAACUUGAUGAAUUGAAAUGAAUGAAUUGUGCUAAAUUGUGCUGAGAUUGUUUUAUUCACAGCUGUUCAUAAGGUGAAGAAUCUCUAAAUUUGAUAUUUUAUGCAGCAAAGCUCUCGUAAGGCUGCCUGUGUUCAGGCAACAUUCAACAUUUACAAACGUUGGCUUCUUUGUGAUAUGGAUAAAAAGGUUUUAUAGAAAAAUGGGUUCAUAUUUCUCAAAGUAGGAUAUCAAAUUAAAAGAUUACAUUUUAGUAUUAGUAAUAAAACUUGGGUGUUAUACUGGCAUUAGUACAGAAAUAUUUCUUACAACACUCUGCUUUGUUGUCAUUAUGGGUGUAAUAUACAACACUUCAUGGUUGUUUUCUCCUUAUGUCACUGUAUCUUUAAAACCCAGUGAAAUAAGAAACAGCUGACAAAAUUUGGUUCCCAAAAAAAUAAAAGUGUUCCAU